UCAGAUCUUAGCUUGCUGCUUAGGUCAUGUGCGUACCGUUAGUCAUCACGUGACUUACUUCACUCAAAGCCAAGGUUAUGGAAAUGGCCUUUCAUGGGAUCAGAGAAGUGGAGAACUACUUCGCGCCUCUUCUACAUCGAUUCAAAACCCGAUCAGAAUGGAAACAAAUCCACGCCUCCGUCAUCACACACGGCCUAUCGCAGAGCAGCUUCAUAGUCACCAAAAUGGUUGAUCUCUGCGAUAAGAUCGGAGACAUAGAGUACGCCACACGUCUUUUCAACCACGUCUCCAACCCCAAUGUCUUCUUGUACAACUCCAUCAUCCGAGCUUACACCCACAACUCCUUGUACCCCUCUGUGAUCCGAAUCUACAAGCAAAUGCUCGCUAAUAGCCUCGAGUUUCCAGAUCGGUUCACUUUCCCUUUCGUGUUCAAAUCAUGCGCAAGCCUCGGGUCGUGUUACUUGGGGAAGCAAGUUCACGGUCACCUCUUCAAAUUCGGGCCUAACUGCCACGUCGUGACGGAGAAUGCUCUCAUUGAUAUGUACAUGAAGUUUGAUGGCCUCGACGACGCGCAUAAGGUGUUCGAUGAAAUGUCUGAGAGGGACGUUAUAUCGUGGAACAGUCUGCUUUCCGGACACGCACGGCUGGGGAGGAUGAAGAAGGCGAAAGCCUUGUUUGAUUCCAUGCCGGAGAAGACGAUCGUGUCGUGGACAGCGAUGAUCUCCGGGUACACGGGGGCUGGAUGUUACGGAGAGGCCAUGGAGCUUUUCCGCGAAAUGCAGUUAGCUGGCAUCGACCCUGACGAGAUCAGUCUCAUCUCUGUUUUGCCUUCUUGCGCUCAUCUCGGGUCUCUGGAGCUCGGGAAGUGGAUCCAUAUCUACGCAGAACGGAAGGGGUUUCUUAGACAGACCGGCGUCUGCAACGCUCUCAUCGAGAUGUACUCGAAAUGCGGGAUGAUUAGCCAAGCUAUCCAGCUGUUUGAUCGGAUGAAGGGGAAGGAUGUCAUAUCGUGGAGUACGAUGAUCUCAGGGUAUGCACAUCACGGGAACGCCGACGGAGCAAUCGAAACGUUUGGUGGAUUGCAGAGAGCGAUGGUGAAGCCUAACGGGAUCACGUUUCUUGGUCUGUUAUCAGCUUGUUCGCACGUUGGCCUGUGGCAGCAAGGUUUGAAGUAUUUUGAUAUGAUGAGGGAGGAUUAUCUCAUAGAGCCCAAGAUCGAACACUACGGUUGUUUGAUCGAUGUCUUGGCAAGAGCAGGAGAACUGGAACGAGCCGUUGAAGUGACUAAGACAAUGCCGAUGAAACCUGACUCGAAGAUUUGGGGGUCGUUGCUGAGCUCUUGCAGAGCGCGAGGCAAUCUUGAAGUUGCUCUGAUGGCAAUAGACCAUCUUGUUGAGCUGGAGCCUGAGGAUAUGGGGAACUAUGUUCUGCUUUCCAAUAUAUAUGCGGAUUUGGGGAAAUGGGAAGAGGUUUCGAGGUUGAGGAAGCUGAUAAGGAAGGGGAAUAUGAAGAGAACGCCAGGUUGUAGCUUGAUAGAAGUGGACAAUGUUGUUCAAGAGUUUGUUGCGGGAGAUGAUCGCAAACCUUUCUGGACUGAGAUCUGUUCAGUGUUGCAGCUCUUCUCUGCACAUCAGGAUCAGGAUCAGGAUGUGAUUGAAAACAACAUUACUCUUGCAUCUAUAGAAAUGGUUGCAUUUUGAUUACAACAAACAAAU